AUGUCUACCUACGGCGGCAUUUCUCAAUAUGAGCGUACAGUGCUGCUGUUGAACCCAUCUUUGGGAGACAGGCUGGUGGUGAGCUCCACAGACCAGCUGAUCACCGCCUACGAGCCCCCAGAGGAGGACAAGGAGCAGGCCGUCACCUGGGCUCUGUCUGAAGGCCUGGAGCACAACAAGGGACACCGCCUUACCCUCACCCACCCCAAAGCAGUAAAGCAGGUAGUUUGGCACGGUAAGGGUGACUACCUGUCCAGCAUCAUGCCUGACAACAGCAGCAACCUGCAGGUGCUGAUCCACCAGGUGAGCAAGCGGCGGACGCAGAACCCUUCCGCAAGAACAAGGGCCUGGUGCAGUGCGUCUCCUUCCACCGCUGCGGCCCCUACUUCUUCGUGGCCACGCAGCGCUACGUGCGGCGUCUACAACCUCAUCCAACAAGAGCUGACCAAAAGCUGA